AUGAUCGACCUGGGUCGAUACGUCGCCGCGGCCUGUGGGCUUCUAGCCACUUACGUGGCCUACUGGAUUGUCUCGCGUUUCCUUACCAACCGCCGUCAUGCUAGAAGGGCCCAACAACUGGGCUGCCAGGAGCCAUGGGACCGACCGUACCGCCUCCCGUUAGCUUACGACCUCAUCCAGGAGAUUCAGAAAGCCGACGCCGAAAAUGUUGUCCCUGAUUACUUCAUGGAAAUGUAUGAUAUGGUUGGCAAGCGCGCCACCUGGCGCCAGAAUUUCUUAGGAGUAAGAAACAUCAUCACAACUGACCCCAAGAACAUUCAAGCCGUCCUGGCUACACAAUUCACUGAUUUCUCAAUCGGCUCAACGAGAAGAAAUAAUUUUUACCCUAUGUUUGGCAAUGGCGUCUUCACAGUCGAUGGCAAAUCAUGGGAACAUGCACGCGGAAUGCUUCGCCCACAAUUCGCCCGCCAGCAGGUUUCUGAUCUUCAGCUCGAAGAAAUCCACGUCUCAGACAUGUUCAAACAGCUGCCGGCAGGCGCGGACGGAUGGACUGAGUUCACUGAUCUCGUCCCCCUGUUCUUCCGCUUGACACUCGACUCGGCCACCGAGUUUCUAUUCGGCCAGAGUGUGGCUUCGCAGAAUGCGGCUGGCAAGUACGGAGAGAAGCGAGUCGUUGAGAAGGGAGGCCUCGACUGGGCAUCCUUUGCUAAGUGCUUUGAUGCCGGCACAAUGACCAUCACGCACAGAAGUCGGCUGGGCGAGCUCUAUUGGCUCCAUAAUCCGGCAGACUUCAAAGUCAACUGUCGAGAAGUGCACAAAUUUGCCGACUAUUAUGUCAAUUUGGCGCUGACCGAUCCUGCCUCCCUCGGAGGCCACAAUUCGGAAUUGGGAGACAAGGAGAGGUACAUUUUCCUGAAGGAGCUCGUUCAACAGACACGCGACCCCAUUGAGUUGAGGAGCCAACUUCUCAACAUCCUGCUCGCAGGCCGUGACACCACUGCUGGUCUCCUUGGAUGGGUCUUCUAUAGUCUCGUCCGACAUCCUCACGUCUUCAAAAAGCUCCGCAAAAUCCUGCUCGACGAAUUCGGCACUUAUCAGAACCCCAAGAACCUCAGCUUCGAAAAUCUCAAAGCAUGCACGUACCUCCAACACAUCCUCUCCGAGACACUGAGAUUAUACCCUACUGUCCCGAUCAAUUCACGACGCGCUGUUCGUGACACCACCAUCCCUCGCGGCGGGGGACCAGACGGUACAGCACCCCUCUACAUUAAAGAAGGUCAAGAAGUCAACUACGUUGUCCAUAUAAUGCAUCAUCGUAAAGAUAUCUGGGGUCCCGACGCCGACGAAUUCAACCCUGAACGCUGGGUCGGUCGGAAAGUUGGUUGGGAAUUCCUGCCCUUCAACGGUGGACCUCGGAUCUGUCUGGGCCAGCAGUUCGCUCUGACUGAGGCUGGAUAUGUGAUUACGCGCAUAAUGCAGAAGUUUGAUGCCAUUGAAACAAACGAAACCGAUCCGAUCGUCAGACAUCAGUUCAGCCUCACGACCUCACCAUACCGUCUCCCUCUGCGCCUUCACGAGGCUAAGGAGUAG